AGAUUUAUUAUUAUCUUCUGCCCUUUUGGUUGCCCUAUAUUUUGCCCCCGCCUUGGCUAUUUUGUGCACCUUCAACAAGCAGUCAUUCCAAAGGGUUUUCUCUCUCUAGCUCACUUUCUCUCUCUAAACAGUUUUCCGUCUCUCACUUCGAUCAUCAAUGGCCGACAACACCGAGUUCGAUUCUCGCCCUAAUCAGAUCCCAAAAGAAAUUCAAGGAUCUGACAGCUCCAUUCCGCUUUCACCUCAGUGGCUUUUGCCAAAACCAGGGGAGAAUAAGACUGGAGUGGUUUCUGGGGAGAACUAUGUUACUCCGCAUCCAGGUCAAGAAAAUCGCCCUGAUGCUAUGAAACUAGUUGGAACAGGAGAUGAAUUCAAGAAAAAAGAUGUCUUCCGUCCUUCUGUGCUAGACAUGGAAUCUGGUCGUCCAGACCGCUGGCGUGAUGAAGAAAGGGACACUAAUUCAUCUGUCCGCAAAGACAGAUGGAGGGAGGGGGAGAGAGAGCAUAGUGAUAACCGCAAGGUGGAUAGAAAGGUUGAUUCAUCUGUCAGGCACUAUGGGGAAGCACGUCGUGCCCCAGGAGAGCGAUGGACUGAUUCAGGAAAUGGAGAUAACCAUGAUCAAAGGCGCGAGAGCAAAUGGAACACUCGGUGGGGGCCAGAUGACAAGAGGACUGAUGUUGUGCAUGAGAGGUGGGGUGACUCGAGUAAGGAAGAUGACGUUCUUCUUGAUAAAGGGUCCUCCCAUAUUCCUCUUCAUGGGAAGGAUGAGAGGGAGGGGGGUCAUUAUCGACCAUGGAGACCUAACUCUUCCUACAGCCGAGGUAGAGCUGAUCCUCAUCACCAAACUUCAUCCCUAAACAAACAGGGUCCUAUGUUUCCACAUGGCCGGGGACGUGGAGAAAACCCGGCUUCUAGCUUUACACCUGGUAGGGGAAGGGUUACCUCUGGGGGAAGCUCAGUUACCCAUACAGCCACUAGCCUGCAAUCACAUGGACCUAUUGUAGAAAAAGGUGAAAGUGGCAAUGGAGAGCCAUAUCAUCUAAAUUAUAGCCGGACAAAGUUAAUAGAUAUAUAUAGGACAGUUGAUAUGAUAAGUUAUGCAAAGUAUUUAGAAGGCAUUGUCGAAGUACCUUCACUCACAAGUGAAGAACCCGUACAACCUCUGGCUUUUUGUGCACCUACUCCUGAAGAACUGGUUACCCUGAAGGGAAUUGACAAAGGGGAAAUCAUUACUGGUGCUCCACAGGCUAGUAAGGAAGGAUCGGCUGGUCGACCCACAACUGAUUUUAUGCAUUCGAGAAAAAACAGGCCUGGAAGUAAGGAUGAUAUUCCGGUUUCUCUUGAUGAUUCUAAACAUGAAACACUGGGAUAUCAGGAUGGCUAUUCAGAUGGUCAUUCCCAUGAAAAGCAGCCUUAUGGUUGGCUUAAUGCAAAAGCGGAGAAGAUGCAGGACUAUCAGGCCUUUCGCGAUCAAAAGUUGAAUGCUGAAGCUUCAAAAGAAGAUAGUGUUCAUAAGAAGAAUGACGAUGUUUCCGCCCCUAGGGAAAGUUCACGAAGUAAUUCCUCAGUUCUUCACUCUGGUGCAUGGAGAUCUUCAUCUUUUGCAGAACGCUCACGUUUAACUUCUGAUUGGAGAGAGGUUAGUGAUGAUCCAGCUAUGAGAAGGCAGCCAGCUGAAGCAAUUGACAGGGAGAUAGAACCACACAAGGUUUCUCAGCCGGCUCCAGAAGAUCUUGUUCUUUACUAUAAAGACCCACAAGGUGAAAUUCAAGGCCCUUUUGCUGGGAGUGAUAUCAUUACCUGGUUCGAGUCUGGAUAUUUUGGCAUAGAAUUGCUAGUCCGUUUGGCCAGUGCACCAGCCGACUCGCCCUUCUCUGUACUUGGAGAUGUGAUGCCCCAUUUGCGUGCCAAGGCUCGGCCACCUCCUGGAUUUAGUACACCCAAGACAAAUGAUGUCCAAGAUGUAUCUGGUAAACUAAGCCAUGGCGCUUUUGGGAAGCUUCACGUAGGUUCGAGUGAGAAUGAUAUGUUGAAAAAUGAUCCAAGAUUUAAACACGGUAACGCAACAGAAGCUGAAAAUAGGUUUCUGGAAUCGUUGAUGGCUGGCAGGAUGAGUGCUGCAUCCCUUGACAAGUUUGCUAUCCCUGAAGGUAUGCAGGGAUAUGGUGGAAAUAGUUCGUUUGCAACACCUCCCUUGGGAUCUAAUUCUGGAGAUGACCCAUAUUUAUUGGCCAAAAAAUUGGCACUGGAGAAGCAGGGAUCUCUACCAAAUCCAUACUCACUUUGGCCUGGGAGAGAUGCAGCUUCUGCUGCUGCAAAGACAGAUGCCCUGAAUGAGACUUCGCUGGCUCAGUUGAAGCUUCUAUCGUCUCUCACAGAUAAUUCUCGGGCACAGCAUCAUUCUCAGACUGUGGAGUCAAUGCCUAUGCAUCAAGGCUUAUCUGACCGAUCUACCGCCAAUUUGAACAAUGGAACCAGUGGUUGGUUGAAUUUCCCUAUUCAAGGAGGGUUCAGCCCACAUCAAGAUAAGUUGGACAUUCAUCAAAGUCAGAAUCUUCCUCCACAAUCUGCAUUUGGGAUUAACCAGCAGAGGCUGCAGCCUCAGAAUACAUCUUUAACUAAUAUGUUAGCACAAUCUAUGGGUAAUCAAACUCAUAUGUUAACUCCAGAGAAGCUCCUCGCUUCUGGUAUCCCUCAAGAUCCACAACUGCUAAGUUUGUUGCAACAGCAGUAUCUGCUUCAGUUGCAAUCACCGACCCCUGUUGCAUCGCAGCAACUGUCACUCUUGGAUAUGUUGUUGCGUCAGCAGCAACAGCAGCAGGAAGAACAGCAGCAGUUAAUGCGUCAGCAGCAACAGUUGCUUUCACGAGUGCUCCCUGACCAUCACCUAAACCAAAGAUUGAAUGAGGGGUCGUUGGCUCAACUGCAAAGUGGUGGAUUUGCUGCUGGAAAUGCUAAUGUGGACCACACCCCUUUCCAGCAAACACAAAAUUCAUUUCAGAUUGGCACGCAUCUUCAAGUUCCCAGUUUACGAGGAGAAAAUGCAAAUGUUGCCGACUUUAUUUUGCCUCGUGAAUCGCAGGAUAUUGGCCCAAAUAUUAAUUCAGAAACUUCGAUGCAUCUGCCACAUCAAUUUUUUGCAAAUAAUGCGAAGCAAACAAAAUGGGACACUACUCUGCCGGAGGAAAUUGUUGAGCAGCAGAAGAGUUCUUAUAGCAAAACAGAUGGCAUAGAUUCGGAUUUGUUGUCCGAAAGAGCAACCAAACAUGCUGGAGAACAGACGUCAAACUAUGAUGAAUCUUUCAGAGUUUCAACCACCAAAAUUUUUCCAGCCGGUGAGUAUUUGGGAGAAUCAGUUUCACACCAGCAACCUACUGUUGGUCAUGAAAACGAGCUAUUUUUUGAUACCGUGGAGGGAUUGGCUGAGACUUCUGUUGGAGCAUUUGAAGAACCUAAAGAUGUGGAACUGCACACUGGUGAUUCCUCUCUGGUAAAGGAAGUGAAAAAUCUUGAAGCACGGGAAGUAAAAAAAUCCUCAGAGAAGAAGUCAAAAAAGCAGAAGGCUACAAAGGUUUCUACCGACUCAGUAAGGAGUGUCUCUAAGUCCCAACUGUCAAAGUCAUCAGAAGUUGAAGAAACAAACUCUGGUAAUACAAAAUUUGAGAGGCAUUCUUCCCAAGGAGAGGCACUUGCAGCAUCUUUGACUAGUAAGGAGAAAAAGAACAAGACCGACAAAGUUGCCGAUGAUGUGGGUUUUGUGCAAGGACAAAACUCGUCGCCUGACCUAGCUUAUGCUGAUGCCGGUCUGCAUGUUGAAACAAAAGAUCAGCCAGGACAAGUUUCAUACGCAUCACAGAUGAACAUACAAACACAAGCUGUACAACGGGCAUGGAAGCCUGCUCCUGGUUUCAAGCCAAAAUCAUUACUGGAAAUACAACAGGAAGAGCAGAGAAGAGCACGAGAAGAGGUGGCGGUUGCUGAGAUUUCAACUUCUGUGAGCUCCAUGAAUGUCUCCACUCCUUGGGCUGGUGUUGUGAAUGCAGAUCACAUGGCAUUCAGUGAAAUUCUGCAGGAUGCUGGCAGCACCGACUUAAAGUCUGCAAAGGCGGACAGUUCAUCAAUUCUGAAGAACAAGAAUAGCCAAAAGGAAGAGCUAUUCUGGGAUUAUACUGCUCCCAAGUUGGGUGACAAGGAGAUGGAGAUUUCCAACACUGUACCUGCGAUAUCUUUAACAUCAAUUAUGAGUUCCCAAACUGAUUCUGUUGUGGAUGACUUUAUUGAUGCUAAAGAUACUAAAAAGAACCGCAAGAAGGCUGCUAAGGCUAAAAAUGCUGGAGCCAAGGCUGCUCCUGUAGCUUCUGUUGAAACGUCUUUUGGAUCAAGUCCCAUUGAAAAGGGCAAAAAUGCUCGCCAAAUGCAGCAGCAGAAGGAAGUGUUACCUGCUGUCCCAUCUGGCCCUUCAUUUGGAGAUUUUGUUACAUGGAAGGGAGAGCCUGCAAGUCCUCCUGCCCCUGCUUGGUCCACUGACUCUGGGAAACCGUACAAGGCAACAUCGUUGAGGGACAUCCUCAAGGAACAGGAAAGAAAGGUGUCUUCGCCAGCACAGCUUCCAACUCCCCAGAAACCUGCAGCUAAUCAACCUGCCCAUGGAAGUGGUCCAUUAUGGUCAUCCUCCUCAUCUACUGCAAAGGCUGCAUCUCCAAUCCCAAUUAUCUCGCAAGCUGCUUCUCAUGUCAAACAUAAAGUUGAUGAUGAUCUGUUCUGGGGACCAUUAGAGCAACCAAAGUCUGAAAAUAAGCAGCACGAUUUCCCUGAACUCGGAAAACAGAAUAGUUGGGGAAGCAAAACCACACCUGUGAAAGGAGCCCUUGGAGGGUCAUUGAAGAAGUCCUCCGUUGGCAGCAGGCCAGCUGAUUAUUCGCUCUCGGCUUCAGCUUCUUCCGGUCAGUCAUCCUUGAAAGGGAAGAAGAAUGCCCCGCCCAAGCAUUCAGAUGCUUUGGAUUUCAAGGAAUGGUGCGAGAGUGAGUGCGUCCGACUUCUUGGAUCAAAAGAUACAAGUAUCUUGGAAUAUUGUUUAAAGAUAUCAAGAUCAGAGGCAGAAACACUACUGACAGAGAAUCUCGGUUCCUUUGACCCUAACCACGAGUUCAUCGACAAGUUCCUGAAUUACAAAGAUUUUUUGCCUUCGAAUGUUCUCGACAUUGCCUUCAAGAAUCAGAACGAACGUAAAUCAACUGCCUCAGGUGCUGGUAAUAUGACCUCCGGCCAUGUGGAUGUUGGGGGCUCUGAGCCAAAUGAUGGUGAUGCUGCAACAAAAGGAGGAAAAAAGAAGGGCAAAAAGGGCAAGAAAAUGAGUCCGCUGGUUUUGGGAUUUAAUGUCGUUAGCAACCGGAUUAUGAUGGGAGAGAUUCAGACAGUUGAUGACUAGAUGAUUAGGAGAUUGUGAAUACAUUUGUCUCAGACUGUAAAUGUUUUUCGGUUUUUUUAUGGCAGCGAGGAUUUUUAGCUCCUCUCUAUAGAGAGAAACUGCAGGCAGCUAAUAUAACCUGCUGAAGCAAUUUUGUUAAGUUAUCGUUUAACUGUAGGUUUUGUUAUACUUACUGUAACUUGUUAAGGUUUAAUUAUUAUGUAUUGGCACUAAAUCUAGUUUUCUUGCUUCAUGCUCUUGGUAUUGUUGAGUGUUCAGACAUUAGAUACUUGUAUGCCUUUGUUCGUCGGGUAUUUUAUGAUUCAUGGUUCAGUUUCGUCA